AUGACCGGCUCUAAGAUCGAUGGCAACGCCAUUGCGAAGGACAUUCGUGAGAAGUUGAAGACCGAGAUUGCUGAGUUGCAGACGAAGAAUCCGAGAUUCAGGCCUAAUCUAGUUAUCUACCAAGUCGGAGAUAGAUCUGAUUCCAGCACAUAUGUGCGCAUGAAAUUGAAGGCCGCUGAAGAAGCCAACAUCCUCUGCAGCAUCAUCAAGUUCCCUGAGACCAUCACAGAGGCAGAGCUCCUCUUUGAAAUCGAAAAAUCUAACAAUGACGCUGAGGUCCAUGGUGUACUCGUCCAGCUCCCGCUCCCCAGUCACAUCUCCGAACAUGCCAUCACCUCCGCCGUUGCUGAUGAAAAGGACGUCGAUGGCUUCGGUACCAUGAGCAUUGGUGCCCUUGCCAAGCGCGGUGGCCAGCCAUUGUUCGUUCCCUGCACACCCCAGGGUGUCAUGGAACUUCUCCGAGUCAGCGGCGUUGACCCCGCCGGCAAAGAGGCCGUGGUUGUCGGUCGUAGUGACAUUGUCGGUAGCCCCGUCAGCUACUUGCUCAAGAACGCAGAUGCGACUGUGACUGUGUGUCAUUCCAAGACCAAGAACUUGGGCGAGAUUCUCAAGAGAGCAGACAUUGUUGUCGCAGCUAUCGGACAACCCGAGUUCAUCAAGGGUGAACAGCUCAAGCCCGGCGCUGUCGUUAUUGAUGUCGGCACAAACUACAUUCCCGAUGAAACUAAGAAAUCUGGCCAGAAAUUGGUUGGUGAUGUCCACUUCGAAUCUGCCGUCGAGGUUGCCUCUCAGAUCACCCCCGUUCCCGGCGGUGUCGGACCCAUGACCGUUGCUAUGCUCUUGAAGAACGUUGUCAGCUCCGCCAAAUCAUACUUUGACAAGCAGCGAGACCGCCACGUUACUCCUCUUCCUAUUAAGCUUCUGAACCCUGUUCCUUCAGAUAUCGCCAUUUCUCGCGCUCAGAAGCCCAAGGCUAUCACCAAGAUCGCUGCUGAGGUCGGCAUUGCUGCUCAUGAGCUUGAGCCUUAUGGACACACAAAGGCCAAGGUCAGCUUGUCUGUCCUUGAUCGACUAUCUCACCGUCGCAACGGUCGCUACAUUCUCGUGACUGGUAUCACCCCGACUCCUCUUGGAGAAGGAAAGUCGACCACCACCAUGGGUCUUACCCAAGCUCUCGGUGCGCAUUUGAACAGAAUUGCCUUUGCCAACGUCCGACAGCCCAGUCAGGGACCUACUUUCGGUAUCAAGGGAGGCGCCGCUGGUGGUGGUUACAGUCAGGUUAUUCCUAUGGAUGAAUUCAACCUUCAUUUGACUGGAGAUAUCCACGCCAUCACUGCCGCAAACAACCUGUUGGCCGCAGCUAUUGACACUCGCAUGUUCCACGAAGCCACCCAGAAGGACGGAGCUCUCUACAAGCGUCUAGUUCCUACCAAGAAGGGCAAGCGUGAAUUCCAGCCCAUCAUGUUCCGACGAUUGAAGAAGCUAGGUAUCACCAAGACCGACCCCAAUGAGUUGACCGAAGAUGAGAUUCACCGAUUCGCUCGUCUUGACAUUGACCCUGAAACUAUUACAUGGCGUCGUGUGCUCGAUGUCAACGACCGACAUCUCCGUGGAGUCACUAUUGGUCAGGCCCCUACUGAGAAGGGCUUGUCACGACAAACUGGUUUUGACAUUUCCGUUGCCAGUGAGUGUAUGGCUAUUCUCGCUCUCAGCAACGAUCUAGCAGACAUGCGUGAACGUCUUGGACGUAUGGUCGUUGCCACUUCCAAGAACGGCGACCCAGUCACCUGUGACGAUAUUGGUGUUGGUGGUGCUUUGACUGCUCUCAUGAAAGACGCCAUCAAGCCCAACAUGAUGCAGAGUUUGGAAGGUACACCAGUUUUCGUCCAUGCUGGUCCUUUUGCAAACAUCAGUAUUGGUGCCAACUCCGUCGUGGCCGACAAACUUGCCCUCAAGCUUGCCGGUACCGAGCCCGAUGAAGACCAUGAUUCUAAGACCGGUUUCGUCGUCACCGAAGCUGGUUUCGAUUUCACCAUGGGUGGUGAGCGAUUCUUCAACAUCAAGUGCCGAUCUUCAGGAUUGGUGCCGGAUGUCGUCGUUGUGGUGGCUACCGUCCGAGCCCUCAAGGUCCACGGUGGUGGUCCCGAGAUCUCCCCCGGUGCUCCUCUGCCUGAGGUUUACCGUACCGAGAACGUGGACAUCCUCCGCAAGGGUUGUGUCAACCUCCGCAAACACAUCCAAAACGCCCGCCAGUAUGGUAUCCCCGUCGUGGUUGCCGUCAACAAAUUCGAGACCGACACCGAUGCCGAAAUCGCCGUCAUCCGCGAAGAAGCUAUCGCAGCUGGUGCUGAAGACGCCGUGCCUGCUAACCACUGGGCUGAAGGUGGUGCUGGCGCUGUCGACCUCGCCAAGAGCGUCAUCACGGCCAGCUCGCAACCCAAGGACUUUAAGCUUCUAUACAGCCUUGAGGGAUCUGUGCAAGAACGUAUUGACCAGAUUGCAAAGGUCAUGUAUGGCGCUGACAAGGUUGAGUUCAGUGAACUCGCUCAGAAGAAGGUCGAUACAUACACCAAGCAAGGAUAUGGUAACUUGCCCAUUUGCGUGGCCAAGACUCAGUACUCGUUGAGUCAUGAUCCGGCGUUGAAGGGAGCUCCUACUGGAUUCACCGUCCCUAUUCGUGAUGUGAGACUUUCUGCUGGUGCUGGUUAUUUGUAUGCGCUUGCUGCUGAUAUCCAGACCAUCCCUGGUCUCCCCACCGCUCCUGGUUACCUCAACGUUGACGUUGACCCCGUCACCGGCGAAAUCGACGGUCUCUUCUAA